CAGCCAUGAUGGACGCUUCAGCCAUGAUGGACGCUUCAGCCAUGAUGGACGCUUCAGCCAUGAUGGACGCUUCAGCCAUGAUGGACGCUUGAGCCAUGAUGGAUGCUUGAGCCAUGAUGGACGCUUCAGCCAUGAUGGACGCCGGCCAACACUCACCGGCUUCAUUACUGCUGGCUAAACACCACUGGCUUCAUGCUCUGUCUGAUGUGGAGCCUAAUGUCUUCCUGAGGCCCUUCCUGGAAGUAGUGCGCUCCGAGGACACCACUGGACCAAUCACGGGCCUCGCUCUCACCUCAGUCAACAAGUUCCUCUCCUAUGGCCUUAUAGACUCCAAUCAUGAAGGGGCAGCCGAGGGCAUCGAGAACAUGGCCGACGCCGUCACACACGCACGCUUCGUGGGGACCGACCCCGCCAGUGACGAGGUGGUGCUGAUGAAGAUCCUACAGGUUCUAAGGACACUGCUGCUAACGCCUGUUGGAGCCCAUCUGACCAAUGAGUCUGUGUGUGAGAUCAUGCAGUCAUGCUUCAGGAUCUGCUUUGAGAUGAGACUCAGCGAGCUCCUGAGGAAGUCGGCAGAACACACACUGGUGGACAUGGUACAGCUGCUUUUCUCCAGAUUGCCCCAGUUUAAGGAGGAGGCCAAGAGCUUCGUCGGGACCAACAUGAAGAAGAUCCCAGGCUGUCUCCUGGAGCCUCACGAUGUGAUUGGUGCAGAGCAGCUUAAGCCCACCAAUCAGACAGGCCUAGAGAGGGCUUACAAUAUCUUAUGGAAAAACAAACGUGUGCAGUUGAAGAUGCGUGCAGGGGGUAUGAGUGAGUCGUCUAAAUGGAAGAAGCAGAAGCGUUCCCCCCGCCCCCCUCAUCACAUGGUCCGCAGCGCGUCAGGAUCAGUAGAUGCCAGCAGCAACAGCCAAUCAGGCUUGCCAUAUGUAGAGCAGUCGGGGCUGCCGGUGUCGGACAGUGUCCCGUCGUCCAUGUCCAGCCCCACUACAGACAGCGGCCUGGACUCUGGCUCCAAGACCACCUCCCGAGAGGACCUCUCCGAUCUGGAGCAGGCCAGCUCCACGGCAACCACUCCCCUCAGCCCCUCGGCCUCAGAGUCCUGUGCACCUGACACACAGUGUGACGUGGAGCGUGCCCAGUCGGCUUCAGUAGAGUCCAUCCCGGAGGUUUUGGGUGAUCGGGACUCAUUGGCUGACCAAUCAGACUCUGCCUCAGUCCACGACAUGGACUACGUCAACCCACGAGGCGUUCGCUUCACCCAGUCCACUCAGAGAGAGGGUGCAGCUCUGAUUCCCUACGGGCUGCCGUGUCUGAGGGAGCUCUUCCGCUUCCUGAUCUCGCUGACCAACCCGCACGACCGCCACAACUCUGACGUGAUGAUGCACAUGGGCCUGCAGCUGCUCACAGUGGCCCUGGAGGCCUCGCACAUCGCCCCCUACCAGUCACUACUGGUACUGGUCAAAGACGAGCUCUGCAGGCAUCUAUUCCAGUUGCUGAGUGUGGACCGGAUUAACCUCUACGCUGCCUCCAUCAGGGUGUGUUUCCUGCUCUUCGAGUGCAUGAGGGGACACCUCAAGUUCCAGCUGGAGAUGUACCUGAAGAAGCUGAUGGGCCUGAUCACGUCGGAGAACCCCAAGCUGCCGUACGAGAUGAAGGAGAUGGCGCUGGAGGCCCUGGUGCAGCUCUGGAGGAUCCCCAGCUUCGUCACCGAGCUCUACAUCAACUACGACUGUGACUUCUACUGCUCCAACCUCUUUGAGGACCUCACCAAGCUGCUCUCAAAGAACGCCUUCCCGGUGUCUGGGCAGCUCUACACCACACACCUGCUCUCUCUGGAGGCGUUGCUCACCGUGAUUGACAGCACUGAGGCCCACUGCCAAGCCAAGGUGCUCAACAGCUCUGCCCAGCAGGACCAAUCAGAGACCUUAACGGCCGAGGAGGAGGGGUCAGUCAGCACAAGCGCUGAUGCCUUGAAGGUGGACGGAACUCUGUCAGGAACCACCAAUGGGCAAACAGCAGCAACUGAGGCCACGCCCAUCUGUCCGCCCACCAGUGGCCACCUGAUGGCAGAGAAGAUGAAACUGGGACGACAAGACCAGGAGGAGGCCGACACCGAGAAGAAAACUCCCAAAAAGCCCCAGAGGUUCUCCAGCUGCCUACCCGACUCCCAAGAGCUCAACGACAUCAAGAUCAAGAAGAAGCUGCUGAUCACCGGUACGGAACAGUUCAACCAGAAGCCCAAGAAGGGCAUCCAGUUCCUGCAGGAGAAGGGCCUGCUGAGCAGCCCCAUGGACAAUAACCAGGUGGCCCAGUGGCUCCGCGAGAACCCCCGCCUGGACAAGAAGAUGAUCGGAGAGUUCGUCAGCGACCGCAAGCACAUGGAGCUGCUCGACAGCUUUGUCAAGUAAGG